UCUUUCAACAACCGGAAAGCAUUCAUCCUAACACCACAUACACACACACACACAGUGAAAAUGUCUCGGUCUUGUGCUGUAUGCAAGUUCACGUUUGCUAGCCGAAGCAAUAUGCUACGACAUCAAAGACAAUUCAAUCACUACUCGGUUGGACCGCAUCAACCCGGAUCAAUUCGGCAAACCCCCGGCGAAGUGCACGUAGACUUGACCGUGGAUGAUGAUGAUGAUGAAUCCACCAAUAGUAUUAACAGUGAACCGACGACCGCGUCUCAACACGCUGGACCUGGUCAAAUCCAUGUUGACGAUGAAGUAUGGAUAGACUUGACCACAGAAGAAAAUAGCGAAGCAGACAAUUGUAGUAGUAACAUCGGGCAAACGGAAAGAGUACCGGCGACAGUGGAUUCGAUCGAUUACGGCAGUGACGAAAAUAUCGAAUAUAUCGACGUAUGGCCUCCGUCUCCGACUCAUCACACAGGAACCGCCGCCGCCGCCGACACAGCGAUAAGAACUGGUGGUGCAAUGCCAAUGGACGGUCAAAUGGACACUAACGAUAAUAUGCAAUUACAAAUUCCGAACCGUUCGAACAAAAAGUCAAGAACACUUGAGACUACACCGCCGCAAGUUAAUGAAAUUCCAAAUGACCAAAUCACGUCAACGAUAUUUUCAAGUGUUCACAUAACUUGCGACGGGCAGAUUAUCAAAAAGGAAGUAGAUAUUUUGGGUGAUUGCAUAGCUCAAUCUACUAUUGAAUUUGAAAACAAUUUACCAGAAGAAUCUUGGAAUAGUUGUUUGAUAACCGAAAAUUGCCGUCAUAAGGAAAGUCUGGAAAAUACAAAUAGUAUUGUUGAGCCUGGGACGGUGCCGGAAAUUAAAAUAGAAAAAGAUGAAGAAGAAGAUUCGUUCAACACACCGACAUAUAGUUGUUCAACAGUCCAGAAUACACCUAUAAGAAUAAUAGAUGCAAAUACAAACAAUGUUACCAAAACUUACAAUGAACAAGACGUAAAAGUGGAAGUAGACUUUUUGGGAAAAUGGAAAUUCGUCUCUACUAUAGAAGUUGAAAACCAGUUGCCUUUAAGCUUGCAUAGUACAAGUUUUAAUAAAGACGAAGUACAGAGCUUUGUUUGCAAUCUGUGUCAUGAUUCAUUUACGUCAAAAAAGCGAAUUAUUCAUCACAUACAAAAAUUCCACAAAACGAACUGUAAAACUACAAAAAAAAUUUCAAGGAAUAAGUUUAGUGCUGGAACGAAAUACAAGGAUAUCAUUUUCAAAAAGAAAAGAAAUAGCUGUAACAUCAAUAUAAAAAGGCAACCGGUUAAAAAUGUACAUAUGAUAGUGUCAAAAUUGAAAGAAGUAAAGAACAAAACACCACUGUUUAUGUGCAACUUAUGCCAAAAAACAUUUAAUACUUAAGUGCAAAUUAUUCGACACAUAAAAAAACCGCAUACUUUAAAUAAACAAAAACCUAUUGUCAAUAUACCAGAAACAUCUACCAACAUCCAUAAUCCAAACAGAAGCUGUCGCUACGAAUG